AUGCGUGAGAUCGUCCACAUUCAGGCCGGACAGUGCGGAAACCAAAUUGGAGCGAAGUUCUGGGAGGUAAUUUCGGAUGAGCAUGGAAUUGACCCAACCGGAGCGUACAACGGAGAUUCGGAUUUGCAGUUAGAAAGGAUCAACGUCUACUACAAUGAAGCUAGUGGAGGGAAGUAUGUCCCACGUGCUUGUUUGGUAGACUUGGAGCCGGGAACCAUGGACUCCGUGAGAGCCGGCCCUUUCGGACAACUCUUCCGUCCGGAUAAUUUUGUCUUCGGACAAAGCGGUGCCGGUAACAACUGGGCCAAAGGACACUACACCGAAGGUGCCGAGCUUGUUGACAACGUGUUGGACGUUGUACGCAAAGAAGCCGAAAGCUGUGAUUGUCUUCAGCUGAACGCCGAUUUGCGCAAAUUAGCGGUCAACAUGGUCCCCUUCCCUCGUCUGCAUUUCUUUAUGCCUGGAUUUGCCCCUCUUACAUCACGAGGAAGCCAGCAAUACAGAUCUUUGACAGUGCCUGAGCUCACCCAGCAAAUGUUCGAUGCUAAGAACAUGAUGGCUGCUUGCGAUCCACGUCACGGGCGUUAUCUCACCGUCGCUGCAAUGUUCCGUGGAAGAAUGAGUAUGAAGGAAGUGGAUGAGCAAAUGCUCAAUGUGCAGAACAAAAACUCGUCCUACUUUGUUGAAUGGAUUCCAAACAACGUAAAGACCGCAGUGUGUGAUAUUCCACCAAGAGGGGUCAAGAUGGCGGCCACGUUCGUUGGAAACUCCACAGCUAUCCAAGAAUUGUUCAAACGGAUCAGCGAGCAGUUCACAGCUAUGUUCCGCCGGAAGGCCUUCUUGCAUUGGUACACGGGAGAAGGUAUGGACGAGAUGGAGUUCACUGAGGCUGAGAGCAACAUGAAUGACUUGGUUUCCGAAUAUCAGCAGUACCAAGAAGCAACAGCGGACGAUGAGGGAGAGUUCGAUGAGCACGACCAGGAUGUUGAAUAA